AUGCUUAAAUUUAAUAAGAGAUUCCUCUCGAAUACUUCCAAGAGAACGCUCAACUAUGGGAAACCUCAAAACCCUAAACAUAACUUAGAAAUAACCAUGAAAAUCGAACCUAUCGAAAGAACUGGAGAAUCUAUCGAUAUCAAGAGAGCUAGACUUGUCUAUCAGUCGAGAAAGAGAGGUAUAUUGGAGAGUGAUUUAUUGUUGUCAAGAUUUGCCAAAAAAUACUUGAAGACCUUCAGUCUUGAAGAACUCGACGAAUAUGAUAAAUUGUUGGAUGAACCAGAUUGGGAUAUCUACUACUGGGCUACCAAGAACUAUGAUGUUACCCCAUUGCCUGAGAAAUGGCAGAAUUCGAAGAUCUUGAAAUUAUUGCAAGAAGAUGCAAAAAACAAGGAAAAGGAGAUUUUGAGAAUGCCAAACUUGUAA